UGGGACAGCCUUCGCCUGGUGUUGUGAUGUAAUUGGCCUUCAAAUGCUCCUUCAAAGGAUGCAGACCCUGAUUUGAGACAACGCAUUUGUCAUUGUCGUUCUUCUUCUUCUCUGUGGUUAUUGGCGGCUGGCAAACCAACUUUAAAGUAUACCAGGGUAUUUAAACUUCACCUGAAGAGGAGAGCAGCUGCUGUUGAGGAGUACGCUGUGGUGACAAAGUGGAGCUUCAGGCAGAGAAACCUAACUGCCACAAGAGGGAGACAAAAGCAUUUUUUUCAGAGGUUGAAGAGGUGGUGGUGGUGGUCAGUCAUCCCAGGGAGAAGGAAAGGUAAAGGAAGGGGAAGGAUCUGACGGCUGGUUUCUGCAGUGUGCUGCAGGAGAGCAGGAUGCCUGCGGGGAGAAGCGUGGAUGGAGCUGGGUCAGGAGGCUGUGGGAUAACGGCGGCCCCAGGCCGGGCUUUUCGGUCUGGGCUGUGGACGAUGCUGGCGUGGGGUGUCCUGGUGCUGGUGGCUGGACAGGGAGGUGUGGAGGCGUGCCCCGCUCCCUGCAGCUGCCUGGGGAACACGGUGGACUGCCAUGGCCUGGGGAUCCACUCCAUACCCAAAAACAUCCCCAGAGGGACUGAGAGGCUCGAUCUGAAUGGAAACAACCUGACAGUCGUCACCAAGACAGACUUCUCUGGUCUCAAACACCUCAGAGUCCUUCAUCUGAUGGAGAACCAGAUCGGUAACGUUGAGAGAGGAGCUUUUGAUGACCUGAAGGAGCUGGAGAGGCUUCGCCUCAACAAGAACCGACUCGGCCAACUCCAAGAGCUGCUGUUUCAGAAGAACGAAGCUCUGUCUCGACUGGACCUGAGUGAAAAUUUCAUCCAGGCCGUCCCGAGACGAGCCUUCAGAGGAGCCACGGACCUCAAAAACCUUCAGCUGGAUAAAAACCACAUCAGCUGUAUAGAGGAGGGAGCGUUCAGAGCUCUGCGGUCUCUGGAGGUUCUCACGCUGAACAACAACAACAUCAGCAGUAUUCCUGUCUCCAGUUUCAACCACAUGCCGAAGCUCCGCACCUUUCGUCUCCACUCCAACUCUCUGCGCUGUGACUGUCACCUGGCCUGGUUGUCUCCGUGGCUGCGUCAGCGGGCGGCGUUAGGCCUCUACACUCAGUGCAGCUCUCCUCCCUCGCUGAGGGGCCUCAACCUCGCCGAGCUGCGCAAGAGCGACUUCGCCUGCUCAGGCCACGGCGGCAGUGCCUUCGUUCAGCCGUGCAGCCUGGCGUCCGGCUCCUGUCCUCCCAUGUGUUCCUGCAGCAACAAUAUCGUGGACUGUCGGGGGAGGGGCCUCACUGCCAUCCCCGCCCACCUGCCUGAGGCCAUGACUGAGAUUCGUUUGGAGCAGAAUGGCAUCAAGUCAGUUCCUCCCGGCGCCUUCACCUCCUACAAGAAGCUUCGUCGAAUAGACCUGAGUAACAACCAGAUAUCUGAGAUCGCUCCUGAUGCGUUCCACGGCCUCCGAGCUCUCAACUCCCUGGUGCUGUAUGGUAAUAAGAUCACGGAGCUGCCCAGCGGAGUGUUUGACGGCCUGGCCUCUCUGGAGCUGCUGUUGCUGAAUGCCAACAAGAUCCACUGCAUCAGAGCGUCAGUGUUCAAAGAUCUGGAGAACUUGGCGCUGCUGUCGCUGUAUGACAACAAAAUCCAGAGUCUGGCGAAAGGCACCUUCAGCUCGCUGCACAGCAUCCAGACCCUCCACCUGGCCCAGAACCCCUUCGUGUGUGACUGUAAUGUGAAGUGGCUGGCCGACUUCCUGCGCUCAAACCCCAUAGAGACGAGUGGAGCGCGCUGCGCCAGCCCUCGCCGCCUCGCCAACAAACGCAUCGCGCAGAUCAAGAGCAACAAGUUCCGCUGCUCCGCCAAGGAGCAGUACCACAUCCCAGGUACUGAAGACAGGCGUCUGAGCUACGAGUGUAACAGUAAGCCUGUGUGUCCCGCCAAGUGUCGCUGUGAGGCCAACGUGGUCGACUGCUCCAACCUCCGCCUCACCAAGUUCCCUGAACACCUGCCGUCCUCUACCGAAGAGCUGCGUCUCAACAACAACGACCUCUCCGUGCUGGAGGCCACCGGAGCGUUCAAAGGCCUGUCGCAGCUCAAAAAAAUUAACCUGAGCAACAACAAGAUAUCAGAGAUCGAGGACGGGGCGUUCGAAGGUGCCUCGGCGGUGGCGGAGCUUCACCUGACGGCCAAUCACCUGGAGUCAGUGAGAGGGAGCAUGUUCAGAGGCAUGGAGGGGCUGCGCAUGCUGAUGCUGAGGAACAACAAGAUCAGCUGUAUCCAUAACGGCAGCUUCACCGGUCUGACCAACGUCAGGCUGCUCUCUCUCUACGACAACCAGCUGAGCACCAUCCUGCCGGGAGCCUUCGACACCCUGCCCAACCUGUCCACACUGAACCUUCUGGCCAAUCCGUUCAACUGUGACUGCCGCCUCUCUUGGUUUGGGGCGUGGCUUCGGAGCCGACGAAUUGUGACGGGGAAUCCUCGCUGCCAGGGCCCCGCCUUCCUGCGAGAAAUCCCUCUGCAGGAUGUGGCUGUGCCUGACUUCCGCUGCGAGGACGGCUCCGUCCUGGAGGACAGCAGCUGCUCUCUGGGGCCUCAGUGUCCCAGCCAGUGCACCUGUAUGGACUCAGUGGUGCGCUGCAGCAACAAACACCUGCAGGCUCUGCCCAGAGGACUCCCCCGCAACGUCACCGAACUGUAUCUGGAUGGUAACCAGUUCACCAGUGUUCCCAAGGAGUUAGCCACGUUCAAAUUCCUGCAGCUUGUAGAUCUGAGCAACAAUAAAAUCAGCUCCCUGUCUGAUGACUCCUUCUCCAACAUGAGCCAGCUCACCACUCUAAUCCUCAGUUACAACUCCCUGCGCUGCAUCCCUCCCCUGGCACUGGGUGGCCUACGCUCCCUGAGACUGCUCUCUCUCCAUGGCAACGACAUCUCGGAGCUGCAGCAGGGCAUCUUCAGCGACGUGGCCUCCCUGUCUCACCUAGCGAUCGGAGCCAACCCUCUGUACUGCGACUGUCGCCUGCUCUGGCUCUCAGACUGGGUGAAGAGCGGCUAUAAGGAGCCCGGUAUCGCCCGCUGUGCCGGGCCUCGCGGUAUGGAGGGCAAGCUGCUGCUCACCACUCCAGCCGACAAGUUCCAGUGUGUGGGUCCGGUAGAUGCGUCUGUUCAGGCCAAAUGCAGCCCGUGCAUGGCCUCUCCCUGCCAGAACCAGGGUGUCUGCAAAGUGGACCACACACAGCUGUUCACCUGUACCUGCAAGACCGGCUUCACGGGUAAAUACUGCGAGACUCCAGUCGAUGCUUGUGUCAGUAAUCCCUGCACCAACGGAGGAGUCUGCCUCAGUGACGAGCAGACCAGAGGCUUCAGCUGUGCGUGUGCGUUCGGUUUCCACGGCACUUUCUGCGAGGUGAACGUGGACGACUGUCAGGACCACGGGUGUGAGAACGGCGCCACCUGUGUGGACGGAGUUGGCAACUACACCUGUUUGUGUCCUCCUAACUAUACAGGUCUGUUUUGUGAGGAAGUGGAGGACGUGUGUUCUCCAGGUAGAAACCCCUGUCAGCACCAGUCCACCUGCAUCAGCACUCCUACCGGCCUCAGGUGUGUGUGUAUUCCAGGUUGGGUGGGGCCAGUCUGCGGUAUAGAUUAUGAUGAAUGUGUGGACCACCGCUGUCAGAACGGAGCUCAGUGCGUCGACCAUCUGGACGGCUACAGCUGCGUCUGUCCACAGGGAUACAGUGGUGAGUUUUGUGAGGUGGGCCUUCCUCCUCCGUCACCCUGCCAGCUGGCUCAGUGUCAGAACAGCGCCCCCUGUGUGGAGAAGACGGGGACUGCGGUCUGUCAGUGCCUGCCGGGCUUUGAGGGUCAGAGCUGCGAGAAGUUGGUCAGUGUUAACUUCGUGGACAGAGACUCUUACGUUCAGCUGCAAGACAUCAAGAACUGGCCUCAAGCCAACAUCACACUGCAGGUGUCCACAGCAGAGGAAAACGGUAUUCUGCUCUAUAAUGGAGACAACGAGCCGAUCGCCGUGGAGCUCCAUCAGGGUCACGUCAGGGUUACGUAUGAUCCCGGGAACCAGCCAGCCACCGCUAUCUACAGCACUGAGACGGUGAACGACGGGCAGUUUCACACAGUCGAGCUGGUGACCUUCAACCGGAUGGUGAACCUGUCUGUGGACGGAGGAGAGCCGACCACUCUGGACAGCCAGGGCCGGAGCCAGCCGGCGACGGGGGAGGCGCCUCUGUACGUAGGAGGUAUGCCGGAGGAGGUGAUGCCGGUCUCUCUGGGUCUCUCAUCUCAGACCCUCAACAUGUCCAGUUUCCACGGCUGCAUCAGGAACCUCUACAUCAACCACGAGCUGCAGGACUUCACCCGCAGCCACAUGAAGCCAGGCGUGGUGCCGGGCUGUCAGGCCUGCCGCAAACUCUACUGUCUGCACGGCAUCUGCCAGCCCAACGGUGCCCAGGGUCCUCAGUGUCACUGCCAGCCGGGUUGGACUGGACAGCACUGUGACCAGCCAAUAACAGGAGGCCUCACUGGAGCGGAUGUUGUCACCAUGGCAACUGGUGUCAAUGUGUGUGAAGGCAGCAAGUGUGUGAAGGGUGUGUGCGUGGCGUUGGACGCGCAGACGUACCGCUGCGACUGCGAGGAGGGAUAUCACGGAGCGUUGUGUAACCUGCGGGGGGAGCCGGAGGGUUCGUGCCAGAGUCCGCAGUGUUUGCACGGCCGGUGUGAGGAGACAGCAGACGGACAGCGCUGCGUCUGUGAGCAGGGAUACACCGGAGAGAGCUGUGAUAUCGAGUCUCCGUGUCGUGGCGAGCCGGUGAGAGAUUACCACCGCCUGCAGCGCGGCACCGUCCUCUGCCAGACGUCCAAGCCUUUUUCCUGGGUCGAAUGUCGGGGUCGGUGCCAGGCGGGAACUGAGCCGGGCGCCACCGCCGCUUCCUGCUGCGCCCCGCUGAGAGUCCGACGCCGGCGGCUCGCCUUCGAAUGCGACGACGGGACCUCAUUCACGCAGGACGUGGAGAAGCCUGUGGAGUGUGGUUGCAAGGACUGUGUGUAGUACUGUGGGAGUGAUGGUACACACACACACACACACACACAACACACAACACACAACACACACCAAGCUAAAGAGAUACACACACUGUAGGGAUUCUCUCACUGAUAAACUGACGUUUUGGUGUUUGUUUUUGUGCUCCGGCACACAGACGACGUUUUGUAACAUAAGACAGUUCUUCCCUCUCGAAUCAUGAAAUCAACGAGUCAACCUCAUCAUCAUCUUCCUCCUCCUCCUCUUCACCUGCAGCAGGAGAGCCCUGCGCUAACUACCUAACUCCAGCUCAUUUUUAAUACUCGUGUGUUGAAAAAGCCUCCGUAUGCCUUUUUGUAUGUGUCUCUCUCGGAUGUGUGGCCGGUGAAAGUGCUGCUCUUGAUUUCCUCACAGCUCACGACGGUCAGCAGCGACCUGUCGCACAGAAUAAAGGUACUAAUUAAA